AUGACGACCGAAGCAGAGCGACUGGACGAGGAGAUUGCCGCUUUGAAGGCUGACGCGCGCCGCCAGCUGGCCGUCGAGACCUCCACCAUCGUCGCGACAGCUGCUGGGCAGGCCCUACUCGCCAACGACACCGCUCUACGUCCCUAUGCCGAGAAACAAGCCGCGCAUCUUCAGCAAAACUACCAUCGCAUUGUCACGCCCGUCACCUCGUUCAAGGUCAUCGAUCCCGAUCCCCACGCUGUCGACGGGGGCCAUGUUCUCGCCCUGCGCUUCGAGGCCAUGACCCACGGCCGGUAUCUGCACCAGUACUACGUGAUGCUGAAUAGGCCAUACCCCCACUCCAAACACCUGCGCGUCCAUCGGCAUACAAUUCCACCAGCGAUCCCCCUUGCUGGCUUCGCCGCCCGCUGCCUGCCCAGCCCGAAACCCGACAGCGAGACCCCGCCCCAGCAGGACCUGGAUCGCUUCGCUAGGGCGAUCAGGCGAGAGAUCACGCGGUACCAUAACAGGCUCGGUGUCAUGGCCGACCUGAAGCGCACGCUGUUUGGUCUUCACCAUGAGAGCGGUCCCGUCGCGGACGACGUGGUCGAGGUCAACAUGGCCGACUUGGAGGCGAAGCAGAUCGCCUUGACCUGGGCGGACGGUAGAAUCGGACGUCUGGUCAUGGACGACAACGGACAGGUGACCAAGAUGGUCGUACAGGGGCCAGAGGGCAGGGACUGGGAGCUCGAGAGGGAGGUCUUGGCCUCGGACGACAGCACCAUGGAGGAUGUCGUGCGGCAGCUGCAGCACUACGCCGCGAGGGAGGGAUGA